UAAUUGUGUCGAAUAAAAUCGAAGACAAAGAAAAUGAUGAUUUUGCCACUGGCUUAUCUUCAAGUUACAGCAUUGGCGAUGUCGUCAAAUGUUCUUCCCGCUGCUUUGGGCUUGGUUCUCUCGCUCACGGCAUCUCCAUCUACGACGAUACCCGUAGCAACCACUUCGGAGGUGACACAAACGAUACUGUCUUCGGAAUCGCACACAACAACCAUCCGACCACAAACCGUAGAAAAUGUCCCGGUGUUGGAAAUUCUAAAAGUUUACGGCAAGCUCGCCGGACCCAACUGCUAUGGAAAGAAGGCACCACCGGGAUCCUCUUGCCAAAUACGACUCCGAGACCUAGAGCAAGCAUUCUCGCCACUUGAAACGGAUGGCAGCAAUGCAAACACCGCUGAAAAUCCCAGCAGCGUGAUUUCGAGAGAGGAAUUCGCAUCGAAACUGGAACGCAUGGAAUUCCAGUGGCCCCUCAAACCCUACGGGAUUAACGAAAAGAGCCUGACCAAAACGGCGAUCAUGAACAAGGGGGCCGAAACACGGGUCUUCAUGGAGGAAUUGGAAUCGCGGGAAAUGUACGAUCCUAGGAAUCCGGCUGGCCCCCUCCCGACAUCCCUGCGGCCCGCCCUAAACCGGGAGCUGGAACGCGAAGGCAUACGCGACGCGCGUGCCAUCGAUCUGGCCUACGAGGCACUGAUUGGUAGCGGCGAAAGCAAGGGCAUGUUGCGUGCAGAACAAACGGAAUACAUAGAUUACUACGAUUUCCUCAAGAGGAUCGGUCCCAAUUCCAUAACAUGGCCGAAGUAACUGUUGCUCAUCUGUUUCAUAUGAUAGUGGACGCAAUACGAUUCGCGCUCGUUUCGUAUAGAGCA